UAGCGCGUCAGUGUUAAACACUCCAGCAUGGCGCCCUGACAGCAAAACAACACAAACAUACAGGAUUAAAUAGAUGAACAACUUGCGUUUUGUUCCCAACAUCCACUAGUUUGUCAACAUUUCCCAGCAAUACACAUUUUUACGUACCUUCGAUGAUGCCGUCUGCUUGUGAUUCUCUUGUUGAUGAUAUUGAGGAUAUGGUGACUUCUCAUGAGCCCACUCCUCAUGAGCGCCAGUUUGCCCGCAGGAGCAUUGUGCCACGUGCACGGAAGCACAAGCAACAAUCUGUAGGUGAAGAACUUAAGGCAGACAGUGUAAUUCCAGGCACACAGAAGGUCUGGGUGAGGACAUGGGGUUGCUCUCACAACAACUCUGAUGGAGAAUACAUGGCUGGACAGUUGGCUGCCAGUGGCUAUAAAAUAACAGAGGAUUCAUCUGAUGCUGAUCUGUGGUUGCUGAACAGCUGCACAGUGAAAAACCCUGCAGAAGAUCACUUUAGGAACUCCAUCAAGAAAGCACAGGAGCAGGAUAAGAAGGUGGUUUUAGCAGGAUGUGUGCCACAGGCUCAGCCCAGGAUGGACUACCUCAAAGGCCUGAGUAUCAUCGGGGUCCAACAGAUUGAUAGAGUGGUGGAGGUGGUGGAUGAGACUGUCAAAGGUCACUCCGUGCGUCUGCUGGGUCAGAAGAAGGAGAAGGGGAAGCGUUUGGGAGGAGCGCGCCUGGAUUUGCCAAAGAUUAGGAAGAACCCGCUGAUUGAAAUCAUUUCCAUCAAUACUGGCUGUUUAAAUGCUUGCACAUACUGCAAAACCAAGCACGCCAGAGGCGAUCUGGCCAGUUACCCCAUAGAGGAGCUUGUUGAGAGAGCCAGACAGUCCUUCCAGGAGGGGGUUUGUGAGAUUUGGUUGACCAGUGAAGACACCGGAGCAUACGGCAGAGAUAUUGGCACCGACCUUCCGUCGCUGCUCUGGGAACUGGUGAAGGAAAUACCAGAGGGCGCAAUGCUUCGCCUGGGCAUGACCAACCCACCAUAUAUCCUGGAACAUCUAGAGGAAAUGGCAAAAAUCCUGAACCACCCACGGGUCUACGCCUUCCUCCAUGUGCCCGUCCAAUCAGCAUCUGACAGCGUUCUGAUGGACAUGAGGAGAGAGUACUGCUGUGCUGACUUCAAGCGUGUCGUAGACUUCUUAAAGGAGAAGGUUCCAGGUAUCACCAUUGCCACUGACAUCAUCUGCGGGUUCCCAGGAGAAACGGAUGAGGACUUUGAACAGACGAUGGAACUGGUGAGGGAGUAUCGCUUUCCCAGCCUCUUCAUAAACCAGUUUUACCCAAGACCUGGAACUCCGGCUGCCAGGAUGGAGCAAGUUCCAGCACAAGUGAAAAAACUAAGAACCAAAGAGCUGUCCGCGCUUUUCCAUUCGUACAACCCAUACGACCACAAGGCACUGAUCUAUAUAAAUGACUGGAUUGCACCUAGAACGCUAAACCAAUGGCAGGAGGUGAAGCCACCGGAAGCGAUCGCGCCGCCAUCUUGGCAUCUACUCUCGAGCAUCUUUGGUCCAGCACCUGGAUUCGUUUGGCCAACCAGAAUCAAGAUAACAGCUAACAUCGUCUUUUUUGGUCCUUGGGCCAACCAGAAUCAAGAUAACAGCUACAUCAUCGUCUUUUUUGGUCCUUGGGCCAACCAGAAUCAAAAUAACAGCAUUGUCUUUUUUUGGUCCUUGGGCCAACCAGAAUCAAAAUAACAGCAUCGUCUUUUUUUGGUCCUUGGGCCAACCAGAAUCACGCGUUCUAAAUGUCAUGUUUGCGCCCGUGAAAAGCAUUGCUGAAAGGGACGAACGCAAAAUGUCUGUCAAAGAGAAAAUGGCGUUAGGAAGAUGCACCUCUCAGAAAACGUUUACAAAUGAAGAUCAUUUUAGAUGUUUAAUUACGACCUGUAGCAUUGGGAUCGCGAGACGAGGUUCAAUUUAAUUAUUUUUUAUGAAAAUCUCAUAUUCGACCAUAAUCCAUAUUUUUCAAAAAUAUUGUCAUGCGAUUAGCUGCUGCUAGAUAGCUGUCAUGUGGUGCACUUAAAAAAACUUAUGCAGGCCAAAAGCCUGAAGAAAAUGACAAUAAAACCUACUCACCAAUCCCCCCCCCCCCCGUAUGGCUGUCACCUUUUUCACCUCUUCCCAGUUUGCAGGUCUGGUUUAUUUUGGGUAGAAUAGCGACGUGUAGAAAUCAAUGUAGGUGAGUGUGUAUACACACUGUUGUAAUGGCACAUGUGUAAAUGUUCAGAAAUAAAGCUUCAUACAGCCUGCAUUUAUCUGUAUUUAAAUUUGAUAUUAAGCACAUUUGUUGUCAUGUUGAGGUGUCUCGUUAGUCUGCUAAUGAAAAUGAACGUAACUCAAUCUAUAUGUAGUAAGACGGGAAAAUUCUCUACUUUAAAUAAUUAACCAUUAACAUGAUUAAGACAUUUGCAUUGUAAGAAUGUACUGUGAGAUUUUAGAUAUAAAAACAGGGACUGGUAAGUUACUGUUUUAUCAUUAAUAUGUGAUAACUCCCUAUUCAUUUAAUAGAACGUUUGGGCAUACCAACAUUGAGGUGCUGUAGCUUCAGUGUAAUGACGUCAUGAGCAAUCCAGUCAUUUAUAUAGAUCAGUGGUUGCAGGAGAGUGAGCUUCAGGUUGCCAUGGAGAUGAGAGGGAAGCAACAGAUGAACACAUAAAUGAAACAAACAUAAUUCUUGACUAAAUGAAGGUCAUUUUAUACCUUUGGCUUUUAUGGGCUCUUAAAUAAAUUAUUACAUAUUUUGUUUAUUUGCUUGUUUUUAUAAUGAAAACAUACAGUGUCACAUUUAUGUUUACUUGUUAAAAUACUUGAAUAAAUCAA